GCGGCAGUCACUCAGUCAGUCAGUCACUCAGUAGGCCCGCGGUGCGCUAUGAGGUGGGAUCUAUAAACGAACAAAACGUGAGUUUUUAUUUACAUUUGUUGCUGCGGGGUUUAUCUCGCAUGAACCAACAAAUCGUAUACCAUUAUAAUAUUUCAUCACAUCAAUAAGUUUUUGUCUCAUCAAAAAUUAACACGUUUCUUCCCCUUUUUUUCCGUUACGAAUCGGUCCUUAUUAUACUUCGCACAAGUGCAUACAAACCACCACGCGCUAGGCCUCGGAUAAAUUCUGUCGAAGAUCGUUUCUUCGAAAUUUUCACGUAUGCUUUGCGCAUCUUUUCUUGCUUUAUUUCGAUCUACAUUUUUGUGCGAGCUCAAUUUAUUGUUCAGCCCUCGUUACCAAUUGCGACCGACACUUGUUGUUUUUGUGCACGCGACAACGGCAUUCUUUCAAAGUGCGUGUUACAAAGGUGAUCGUGAUAUCGCACAAGACAAUGUGCGUGACAGCCACGCCACUUAGCGCAAAAAAAAUACUGAAAAAUACUGCAAGACAUCCAGCAAGGACUAGCAUUGCAACUAACAUACAGGUGCAAGGAUUAACAGGAGGCACGAAUAAUGUCGGUGAGACGGAUAGGCCGCAGCACACGUCGAUCAUGAUGGUCCGCAUGAUCGGCGAUGAAUUUCUUACGGAGGAAAGAGACCGAAAAUAUUAUGCCGAUCAUUAUAGGUGUUGUCCGCCGCCUCUUUUUAUUAUCCUCAUCACCCUUGUGGAGCUGGGUUUCUUCACAUAUUAUACAGUGGCGAUGGGAGAAGUGAAUCCUUCAGGGCCAGUACCAAUCGACAGCGUUUUCAUUUACAGACCGGACAAACGUCUCGAACUCUGGAGGUUUGCAUUUUAUAUGUUCCUUCAUGCUGGAUGGCUUCACCUACUAUUUAACUUGGGAGUACAAGUGGUCGUUGGACUUCCCCUGGAAAUGGUUCAUGGAAGUCUGAGGAUCGCAGCCGUUUACAUGGCUGGAGUUCUUGCUGGUUCCUUGGGUACUUCAGUGUUUGAUACGGACGUGUAUCUUGUCGGCGCCAGUGGAGGUGUUUAUGCUCUUCUUGCAGCUCAUCUAGCAAACGUUCUUCUCAACUAUAAUAACAUGGAAUUCGGCAUUGUUCGAUUAAUAGGCAUUUUCGUAAUUGCAAGUGCCGACGUGGGAUUCGCGAUUUAUGACAGAUAUGCGGCUGAGCAAAUGGGUCCUCCUGUUUCGUAUGUGGCACAUCUGACCGGUGCAUUAGCAGGUCUCACGAUCGGUUUGCUGGUGCUGAAGAACUUCGAACAACGUCUCCAUGAGCAACUUCUCUGGUGGGUGGCGCUUGGUGUCUAUGCGGCCUGUACAAUCUUUGCAAUUAUGUACAAUCUCAUGCAUCCAGAUUAUCCAUGACGCGAGGUCAGCUUCGCGUAUGGACAACCGCGAAAUUCGUAACGCGAAGCUGACUAAUAUCAAAUUCUAAUACAGAAGAAAUUAAAGAAAAAAAAAGAUGCAGAAGACUAGAUGGAAGACGAAUAAUUGAAGAAAUAAUCGAAAUAAAUAUCGGCGAAGAUUCAUAGGAAUAAAUUUUAAAUUAUUAAAAAGGUUUUGAAAAGAAGAAAAAGAAGAGUGAAAAGAAAAAAUCUCGAUUCCAUAGCGAUUGCAACAUGAAGUGAAAAGAGACGAAAAAACGUGUUGUAUAAGGUGAAUUGAAAUAAUUUAUGAAUUGAAGUGAACUAAAAAUAAACAACGGAAAAGUUUGUUUUUGUGAGUCUGAAAUGUGAAAGAGAACAAUUAUUAUACUUAAGAAGAUUUGAGAAAAGUUUAGGAAAUGGAUAAGUGAUUAUGUUAAUUGAAAAAGAAUAUGUUAGUAACGUGAGAUGUGAUGUCAAAAAAUUUUUCAAAUAAACUGUAUAAUAAAGUGAAUGUAUGGAGAAUGCAACAAAGAUUAAAAAGUUUUUCGUAAGGAAUACAGUAAUACAGAAACAAAGAGAAAAUAAUUUUCUAAUUGCUGGCAUACAUAUAAAAUUUUUAAAACUAAUAUUAAAAUUCAAAGAAAGUCGAGGAUUUAAUAUUUUAGCUACUUUGAUCAUAUUUAAUUAUCAGUACAAACUGAAAGAACAAAAAAAAAACAAAUGUUCCAAGAAUCGUGACACAUAAUACUUUUUCAGUCAUAGAAAAAUAAACUUGUUGAAUAUAAUAAUUGUAAUUACUAUGAGAGAAGAAAAAAGAAGAAGCGAAGAAAAAGAGCAGACGAUCCCUCGUAAACAUAUAAAAUUAAUUCCAAAGAAUUAAAAAAUGUUUAAAAAACACAGCAAAGAGAAAUUGAUUAAAAUUAAUUAAAAUUAUUCAUUAAUUCCAUAUAUCGUAUAAUUUUUAUAUAUUUUCUAAAAAAAUUUUCAAAAUGAAAUCAAGCAAAUCAAUUAAAAAAGAAGACAAAUGUAAAAAUUAUAAAUAUUAAUCGAUCGUUGAUCCCUUCCCCUCAAGUGCUAUCAUUUUUUAUUUUCUCAAUAAAAAACCAAAGAUUCGAAAUACCUCUGUUCCAUUUUCGGAACUCACAUGUCAUUUAAGUGCGAUUACUACGAAACGCGCAUUCCGUUGGAUAAUAUAAAGAAAUAAAAAAGAACGGAAAAAAAAAAGAAAGAAGAACAAGAUUAAAAAUCUGUCCAUUUAGAAGGGGAAGUGGAUUGCAAGAUAAGAAAUGCGAUUUUUGUCUUCAGCUUAUUUUCUCUCUCUCGACUCUUUUAAGGCGCGAAGAAACCAAAGAAUCCUAAACCAAGAACCUCCUUUGUCCUUUUUAAUUUCAUCUUUUGAACGAAUGACAGGCGAAAAACAAUGGAGAUAAAGGCAAAAGAUAUGUAUAAGAAUCCCUCAUAAUGUCAAAAAAAAACAAGGUAUAGAUACAAAAUAUAGAUACAAAAAUAGAAGAAAUUGAAAGAAGAAUUUACGGAAGCAAUCAUUCAUAUGAAACAAUUCGAAAACGAAAGAAAAAUAGUCUUUUAUUAUUAUAGAACGAUUGAUCGAAGGAUUAAUUGGAAAAGAUUGUCAGAAAUAGAACGUCAUGUAAAAUAGAGGAAAAUAAAAAAUUAAAGAAUUGAAUAUUUUUUGGUAAUAAUUCUCUUUAUAAUAAAUAAGUUAUUUAUAUCAAUUGUUUUCAGAAAUGCUCAUAAAAAAUUAUAAAUUCGUUGAUAAUGAAUAUCUGAUACGAAAAGCAUUAUUGUGUUCAUCCAUUGAUAAGAAAAUAAUCGAAGAACAUAGCAAUCAGAAAAAUAUUAUAUAAAAAUAUUAUUAUAAAAAUUAAUGAUGAAAUUUUUGAUAAAACGAUCAACGAUUUAUAAAAAUAUACAUUGACAAAUGAGGGAAUAAUGAAGUGACAUCUAUGAAAAACAUUAAAACAUAAAUAAUUAUAACUAAAACUAUGAAAAACAUUUAAAAAUUAUCGCGCUGCCUUCGUUUAUCUUCAGGGUAUACACUGUGUAACUAUCACGAAAUAUUGUAUUCGUUAAACAAGAUGCUUUUUCUAAUAAUACAAACUGCUCGAUCGCUAUGCUUCUUCGAUCGAUCAUGAAUCGUUCAUUAUUAUCACCAGCGAGGUGCAAUCAAUGCUUAUCUCCUCUACCGCGUGGCCGAACGAGCAAUCGAUCCACGCUCUAAUCUGUAUACCAUUGUAAAUAAUUCUGUACAUAUAUGGAGAUGACGGGAAUUACACGUACCGUUAUGUAUGUAGUGUGUAUAUGUAUGCGUGUGCAAAAAUGAAGCGAGAAUAAUAUUAAGCGUGUUGGACCGAAGAAAAUCUUGGUCGAUUGUGCGGUCUAGUCUGAUAAUCGCGAGAUUGUGUGGUUGUUCGUAUUAAAACUAAGGAAAAAACAAAAGAAGAACAAACGUAUUUUGAAUUCAGUUCUACACAUUAGAAUAGUUUUCUUCAUAAAACUUCUUGAGUCCAUUUGAGAACAAUAUUUUUGCGAAUCUCUCUCGAGAUUUUUACUUUCAAAUAAAUUCGUGUUUUAAUAUUUGCUCGAGAGAAAACGAAACUACAAAGAAAAGAUUUCUGCGAUUUUUGAAGAAUUAUUAUAGUGAUUUUUUCGAUCACUUUUUUCGUGUUCGUUAAAAGUAUAACUUAGUAUGACAAUUUUGGAAAAAAUACAUUACAUCAAAAUAAAUAAAUCACGGCAAAAUUUUGUUUAAAAAAGCAUUACCUUAUUUGAAGAAGUAUCAAAUAGCGAACAUGAAAAAAUUUACAUAAAUAAUUCUUCGUUCAAACGAAAAGACGAGACAAAUGUUCAUCAUUUUGAUUUUUGCGAGUUCUCCACAAAACGGAUGUGUUCAUUCUAUGAAGAUUGUAAUUAAAUUGCAAAUAGUUGUAGAUUGCGUUUUGGUUUACAAGUUGUAUCGUGGAUUUUUGUUAAACGGAGACACGUAUUCUCCAAGUUUUCUCAUAACUUAUUUGCUUAUUCUUGUUUUUUGUCUCGCGAAUAUUGUCAUAACGAUUAUAAAAGUAUAUUUAUAUAAAUAUUUUCUCAUCGAUGAAAAUGUAUAUUUCAGUCGCGAUUUCAGUCUCCUCAAAUCCAUUUAAUAUUCGUUAAUCCUCGUCUUCUUUUUCUCUUCUUUUUUUCUUCUUUCAAUCGUCUUUUUUACAUAUAAUUUUUUUAUUUUUAUUCCACAAUUUAUUUUCUUUUCAUAUCAAAUUAUAUAAUUGCUAUAAUUGUUGAAAAUUUUCAAACAAGAUAAUACACAAUCAAAAAUCACUUUCCAAUGACAUUGCUUUGUUGGGUUCGUCAAAAGUAAUUAUUUGCACAAAUUUUACAAGAAGAAAAGAACGAAAGAAAGAAAGAAAGAAGAGCAAAUUUAUACCAAAAAGUCGAUGGUGAAAAGACGAAUGAAUUUAAAUCGAGAGUGAUUAACGAUGCUAGUCAGUUAAUAGCGACACCAAGUAAGACAUUGUUGAACAACAUUCUUUUCGUCUUGAAAGAAGUAACUCGAAAAUUUACAACAUGGUAAUUAAGAUUUCUGAUAUGUUUCUUAUGGUCACUUAUGCUUACAAAUCAUUUCAACUAAUAAAAUAACAACUGUUAAGAAAAUCUGAUGAUCAAAUAUUAAUCUUCACAAUAAUAACAAUUAAUAACUUCCAACCAUUUAUUUUUCUUUAAUUAAUUUUUGUAAUUUUUUUGAUUAAGAAAUAGAUAGCAUAAUUUUUGAAUGAUAAAAUUAAUCUAUAGAAACUCUUGUUUCAUUCUGAAAAAUAGUCAAUAUUAUAAUUAAUAUUCUAAUAUUAUUCUAUAUUUUCUGGAAUGAUUUAAUCAACGUAAUUAUUACUGUUAAAAUUAUAAUCAUUAAUAAUAACUAUUCAUUAUAAUGAUCGUCUAGUAAUCAAAUUUUAAUUAUUUUAUUUAUUGAAAAUUUUAUUUUUUUAUUUUUAAAAAUUUCUAUUAAAUUUCUAUUAUCAAAUUUCUGUUUCAUGCAAUCUAUAUUUCUAUUGUUUAUUUGAUUAAUUAAUUUGAUCAUUACUUUGGAAUGAGUUUAUAUUUUAUUUUCAAUUCAAUCGUAUCAGUUUUUUUUUUCACUUAUCUGUAUAUUGCAUUAUUAAAUUGUAUAAAAUAACAAAAUAAUCAUCAUAGAUCAAUAAUUAUUUCAAUAACAUAAUUAAAAAGAAGAAAAUUUCAAGAAUUAUAAAAAAUUCAAAUUAAUUAAGGAAUUAAAUAAAAAUUGAAUAAAAUUAUAAUUUUCAAUAUGUUUGUUUUCUUCAGAUUUUCUUAAUAAAAGUAAAAUGUUAAAAAAAUUAAUAUAAAAGUAAUCAUAAAUAAUGUCAAAAAUGAAUGAAAAAAAAACAUAAAAAUUUCAUUAUACAUUAUAACAAUUAUCAUUAUAUCAAUUCUUACGAAAAAAAGCAAUUAUUUCAGAAAUUCUCAAAAAAUAUCGAAUAUCAUUUAUUUCAAUCAAUCUAAAAUGCAUUAGCAUAGCAAAUUUGAUUUUGAAUUGAUUUGAAAUGAUUUUGAAAGUUAUCUCUAUAAUUAUAAUAUCUUCGACCGGUAAAUUUGCAUUUAUUUAUUUAAAAGAAUCGCGCUCAAAGUGUUUGUUAUCGCGAGAUGGAAAAAUUAUGCUCGCGAAAUAGCGUAAUUUCUUUAGCAAUAAUUAAUAUGUGACGAUAAGAGGAGUUUAAAUAUUAAAUUAUAUAAACGUUAUAUUCGUUAAAUAAUUUGUAAGUUAUUUGUCAAUUGUAAAAAUACGUGUUUAUAUCGAAGAAGCUUAAGUGUCAACAACAAUAGAUCUUCAAUUCUUCUCAUUUCUUCUCCCUUCAAAAUAAUUACAAAUUCGAUUAAAAGAAGGGAAAUCGUUGAAUGUACGUUAUUUUUUUUUUGCGCGCGCGUUUUAUUUAUUUAUUUAUUUAUUUAUUAUUUUGUUUUAUUAAAUAGUAAUCGAGCAUUUGAUGUACAACGAUUUGAUUUAAUAUUGAUAAAAAUCUGCAAAUAUAACAUCAUUGAAUUUGUUUGUAUACAGAAGAAUUAUCUAAAUUUCGUAUUUCUUAUGACAUGAAAAUAUAAAUCAUUUAUUAUAGUUUAUUAUAAACGACUUUUCUAUAUAUAUCAUAAAAUAUUUCUGUAUUUGAGAAUCAGAAUAAUUCCAAUUUUUUUUUAUCUUUUGUCAAUAAAAUAAAAUAAUCAUAUAUUCUUUUUAUAUAAAAUCGAUUUAAUUUUUCGAUUUAAAAUUGAUGAUUAGUAAAUAUAUUUACAAUUUAUAUGUUAAUUCUCUACAAUAAAAAUUUUGUUUAUUUAUAAAAACAAAGUCUUAUAUAUAAACUAUUAAUUUUCUUUACUUCGAAAUUGGAUAUACAUAGAUAAAUAGAUUAUUUAUCUAUAAAUUGAUAUACUAAUAAAAUAUAAUAAUAAUAAAAUGUGAGACAAGAAAUAAAAUAAAAUAAAUAUAUAAACAUAUAAAUAACUAUUAAAGGAUGCUAUAAAAUAUAAAAAGUUAUGAAUAAGAAUUAGCAUCAAUUUUAUUAUAAAAAUUCAAAAUCUAUAAAUCUAUAAAUCUAUAAAAAUCUAUAUUAAGAUUCUAAAUUCAUAUUAUUAAAUCUUUUUAUUUAAUAAGUAAAUCUUAUUAUUAUUAUUUUCUUAGAAAAGUAAAGAAAAGUUAAUAAAAUAGAUUAGUUUUGCUCUCAGAAAUACAUGACAUAUAGAAAUAUAUGAGUUUUGCUCACAAUGUAUAAUAGAUUUACUCACCAAAUACAGAUAUAUUUGUAUAAUAGAUUUUAAAUAGAAUAUAUUUUUAUAUUACUUUAAAUUUGGACAAUUUAUGAAAAAGAAAUGUUUUGUAUACAAAAUUUGUAAAAAAUAUAUAAAAUAUAAAAUACUGUAUGUUGUAUGAAAUGUAAAAUAUAAUAUAUUUCCUUUGUUUGAUUUUAUUUUAACAUUUUAAAAUAAUUUAUUUUCAAUGUAAAUUUCUAUCUUUUCUUUAAAAUUUAUUUAAAAUUUAUUGUACAAAUAAAUAUCAUUAUUAUGAAGACAUUCUUUAUAUACAAACUAUAAUAAAUGUUUCAAAUUUUCAUAUAUAAUAAUGAAAAGUCUUUUUCUUCAAUUUAAUUUUUAGUAUAUAUAUCCAUGUUAUUUCACGUAAUUUAAUUCUACAUGUUUUAAUUUAUCUGUAUAUUAUAAUCUAUGUAAUUUUUGUAUUACAAUUUUUGUAGUUAUCUUGAAAUUUGUAAAACUAUAUUUUCGUUUUACGAAUUAGUAUUCAUGUUUUAAAAAUUAAAAUAAAAAUACAUAAUAUAUAUAUAUAUAUAUAUAUUAAAUAUAACAUUUUAUAUAUAGCAUUUUAUGAAAUACACAUAAAAUACACUAAAAAUUACUAAAAAUUACACGGAUUACAAAUAUAUACUUCCGCUUAAAAAUCUUAGAUAAUUCUAUUAAUUUCAAAUUUAGAAAGAAGAAGAAGAAUCUUUAAUAAAUAUAAAAAAAUAUUGCUUAAUUUAAUAAUUUAUAAUAUUAAGGAAAGAUUAAAAAUUUGCAUUAAACACGAACAAUAUUUGAAUAUAUUCAUGACAUAUAUAAAAAAAUAUUAAAAAAUAAUUUUGAUAAAAUUUAAUAUUUUUAUUUAAGAUUUUUGAGCAACAUAAUACAUAUUCAAAAAAUAAAUAAUCUUUUCGUGUACAAAAUAACAAAUUCAUAGAUAAAAUGAUGUUAUAUUAAUGUGAAUAACUGUAUAUAUAUAUAUACUAGUUUAUCCCAAAGCUUUCAUUUCGUUUAGUUCUCGACACUUGAGCAGUUUCGAAAUUACACAUAUUAUUGAAAUUUAUGCACGCGAAUACAAGUAUUAUUUCUUGUUUAAUUUUUAUUACCAUGGUGGGCAUUGGUUCCAAUUCUGCUUUUAAUCAAUGGCAAUUUCGAAUACUCCCUAUCUUAAAAUAAUAGAGGAAACGUAUUUUGAGGAGCAAUCUUUCACAAAUGAUUAACGAGCAGAAUUAAUAUUUUUUUCAUAAGAAACCUAGAUUUUAAGUUAAUUUUUGAUGAACUCGAUGUUUCAAUGGAUGAAUCAAAUUGUAUCUUCCGUGAACAACGUCUAUUUUCUGUACCGCUAUUUUUAAAAAUAGAAAUUUUAACAGAAUACACGUCUCAAAGUCGUGCAAUUGAAAUCGAGUCUUUGCGAUCAACAAAGUAAGAAAAGUUAAUUGAAUGCAGUGAUUAUUAAAAUAAUUGUAGAACAAAUGAAAAUAUCGAGCAGCGAAGCUGAAUUUUCGAUUAAAUCAAACAUUUGUUAUUAUAUACAUAGAAUUUCACUUCAAAACUGAGUUUGAUAAUAUUUAUUUGAUAAUACAGAAAGAAAUUCUCAAAGAAUUAAUGAUAAUUUUUACGUUAUAAUUUAUUUAUGAUAUAUUAAAUUGCUAUAAUUAAAUUAAUGAAAAACUCAAAACUCAUCCAAAUUUAUAGAUAUGUACACAUACACAGUUUGCAAUAUUCUAUGAAGUAUGAAUACACAAUAUGUAUUUAGAUAAUCUUCAUAAUAAUCUAUUGUUCGUGCAUAUUAUAUGUAAACUCUUAUUUCUUCUUAUUUUUAUGGACAUUGAAAAAAAUUUAUAACAAAAAUAAUUCUUCUCUAUUUUUUGUUAAAAUUAUAAAAGAAUAUUUUAAUAUAUUUAAUUUUUAUUUAAUAAAUUUAAAUUUUCUAACAAACUAUUAAUUACAUAAUCGUAAUUAUUUAUACUUAUGUUGCAGAAGAAUCAUAUUUAAUAAUCAAAUUAUUUGUACAUAAUGAUGGAUUUCAUAAUUAAAAUUGGACAAAAAUUAUUUAUGUUAUAAAUCUUAUUCGUAAAACUAGAUGAGACUUUGAAAUAAUAAAUUGUUACAAAAUUGCAUCAUAUAUAAAUUAAAAUAAUUUUAUUUGCAAAUCCAAUUAUAUCUUUUUUAUUAUAUACAAUAUUAUAAAAAAUAAGAUUUAAAAAAAAUGUAAUAUUUAAACUUGUCUAGUCGAAAAAACAAUUUGUAUUGCACGUUGCUGCUCGGAAACGAAUGAGAAAUAAUCAUUUCUCUGAUUUAUUAAAUUGUCAUUGCAUUAAUCUAAUUAGGAAGCAAUUAGGAAAGCAUUUUUUAAAUCUAUAAGUUUUUUUAUCAAUUUAUUGUUAAAUUUAGUAGCAUAUUCAAAUUUUCCUUGCGAGUUUAAAUUAUAAUCUGGAUCUGACGAUCAAAAAUUAUUUUGAAUCAAAAUAAGAAUUAGAAUAAAAAACAAUUUCUCUCAAAAAGAGAAUUUUUCUUCAAAUAUAAAACAAAUACGCAAAGUCGUCUUUUAAAACAAAACUAUGAAUAUAUCACAAUUUGAAAUAAUAAUUUAUUUAAAAGAAUAUUUAUAUCGUUAAUAAAUAUCUUCUCAUUAUUUAUUUAUUUAUAUUAUUGAUAUGUAUAGUCAGUUAUGAAAUGUUCACAAGCCAAAGAGGCGUAGCUAGUAAAAAUAAAAAGUAUUAUAUAUAUCUAAAAGAUUUCUUUCCGCGCGAUUAAUUAAUAUCAUUUUGUAAUUGUUUAUUAUUAUUAUUAUUAUUAUUAUUAUCAUUAUCAUCAUCAAUUUUAUAUAAUAAAUUAUUCCUAUUAUCAUCAUUUAAUAAACCUCGCUAGCAUCAUUUUCAUUGAGUGUUACGUCGUUAGUCGGCUGGUUUCGUUGCAUUCAUACAUUGAAAUUUGUAUGUGCAAAGUUGCCACAUUUGGAUUUGCUAAAGCGCUAUAUGAUCCAUUGAAAAUGAAAAAAAGACAAAAAAAUCUUUUGUAAAUUGUAUUAAAAAAACAAGAAAUAGCAAAAGUUGUAAAAGAAACGCGAGAAAUGUGCGAAAAUAAAAUUUUUGUGAAAAACA